CGUAUAAUCUAGUGGACGGAACGCAAUGCUGUUAGUGUGACGUAUAAUCUAGUGGACGGAACGCUUCUUUCAGCAGCAGCAACAGUUAGUCCGCCACCUCGGUAGCUUGCUAGCCAAAAUAGCCGAACCCAUAAAGCUCUUUAGACGCUUUAGUGUAUAUUAGCCACUGUAUUUUAAACCCUUGUCUGUCGUCUAGUUAGUUAGUUAUCCUAUUUCAUUUCAUAUUUACGGUGUUGUUAUUAUUCAGCUGGCGGGCUGGUUAAGUUAGCAUUAGCCUAGCUAGCUAACAUCUCCGACCAUGAGUUCACUAAAUUACUCUCUUCCUGCUAUAGAAGAGGAGGUCUGCUGGACGGAGAAAGAAGCUCUAAUCAAAGAGGAGGAGGAAGAGAAGGAUGUUACAAUACAAAAACAAGUAGAGGGUGAGGCUGUUACAGGGAAAGAAGAAGAGAAAGACGUUUCAGUGAAAGAAGAGGAAGACGUUACAGUGAAAGAAGAGGCGUUCAGAGUGAAAGAGGAGGAGGGUGUUACAGUUAAAGAUGAGGAGGAUUCAGUUUUUGAAGUGAAAGCGGAGGAGGGGGAGAAUACGGUCUCAUCGGAAGAAGAGGAGGAGGAAACUGGAUAUCUGGGCCCGAUUUCCCAAACGCAAUUUAAGGCAUCCAGUGGUUCUAAAGAUGAACUUAGCCAUAAGAUGGUUUUAAGAAACCGGGCCGUGAUUACCACUGGAGAGAUACGGGACUAUCGUGGAUCCUCUGGGGAGCCUCAACAACAACAUGAUGCUGAAGAGGCAGAGAAGAGUCUCUCCACAUCAGAACACCUCAAGAAACACCAGUGGAGACCCACAGGGAUGAAAUCUCACCGCUGCUUUGAUUGUGGGAAGAGAUUCACCUCAUCAGGCAUUAAAAUUCAUCAGAGAAUCCACACAGGAGAGAAAGCUUAUAUCUGUGGUCAAUGUGGGAAGAGAUUCACCUCAUCAGUAAAACUUGAAAUACAUCAAAGACAUCACACAAGAGAGAAACCAUAUGGCUGUGAUCAAUGUGGGAAGAGUUUUGCUACUUCUCGCUAUCUAAAUAGACACCAUAGAACACACACAGGAGAGAAACCUUAUAGCUGUGGUCAAUGUGGGAAGAGUUUUUCUUCUUCUGGCUAUGUAACUGUACACAAUAGAACACACACAGGAGAGAAAUCAUAUAACUGUGAUCAAUGUGGGAAGAGUUUUUCUACUUCUACAAAUCGAACUAUACACCAGAGAACACACACAGGGGAGAAACCUUAUAGCUGUGGUCAAUGUGGGAAGAGUUUUAGUCAAUUUGGCCAUCUGACAGUGCACCAGAGAAUACACACAGGAGAGAAACCUUAUAGCUGUGGUCAAUGUGGGAAGAGUUUUUCUUCUUCUGGCUAUCUAACUAUACACCAUAGAACACACACAGGAGAUAAUCCGCGCUGUGAUCAAUGUGGGAAGAGUUUUUCUACUUCUAGAAAUCUAACUAUACACCAGAGAACACACACAGGAGAGAAGUCUUAUAGCUGUGGUCAAUGUGGGAAGAGUUUUAGUCAAUCUGGAGAUCUGACAGUGCACCAGAGAACACACACAGGAGAGAAACCUCUUAGCUGUGACCAGAGAUAAUCUGAUAAAAGAUCUCUGAUCAAACAUCAGAAAAUUUAUAUAUGAAGGAGUUGUUUCAUGAUAUCAAUGAAUUAAUGUCACAAUGUAGAAUGUUUUAACAUUGUAGUAGGAGUAUUUUAAUGUCUCAAUGUAGAAUGUUUUAAUAUAUAGUAUAUUAAUAUACUCUGCAGUCAGAAUGUCACAAUGUAGAACCCUAAACGUUUGCUCCCUUAUCAAUUGGUUUCAACAUGAUAUGGAUAUUAGGCUCAUUGGGGGAAAUCCAGGCUCUGAAUUGGAAGAGUAUUAUUUAUGUGAUUUAACACAAAGUGACCAACAGAAAAAGAGUUGUCCUCUAACCAGUGAUGUACACAUUAUUCCCAGAAUCAACUGAUUUCAACAUAAUAUCGAUGAGUUAUGACAAAUAAGUGUUGUGUUCCUUUGUAAUGCAAUGUUGUUAGUUUCAACAGCAUGAACUAAUCGAUAUCCGUGAUUUAUUGAUACUUGUCAAAACAACAGUGUUUCUGGUGCUUGUGCAGUUUAUAAGGAGCUUGUUUUAAAAAAGACAAUUCUUGUGGCCGAUGUUUGUGUAUAUACCACAUGUUAGGUUUUCAAUUGAUCCCAAACUGUUUCUGCAUAUUGGUAGUUGAUUUGGACGCGUUAAAACUGUGGGGCUAUCCCACCUAGCAAAAUGUAAUUGAAAAGCUGUUGAAAAUAUGACUAUGCAACCAAAUAUUUCAUAUUUACAUUUCAUGCAACCAACUGACGGUUUUUGGGUACAAUUAUAUUGAUAUUGUUGCCCUGUUUUUAGAAUAUCAGGGUUAAUUCUCACAUGUGCCAAACCAAAUGUACUAGAGCAUGACAUUGGGGACUGGGCCCCGAUCCAACAACAUGCCUAUCUAGUGAACCCUGAAAAGAGAGAGAAGCUCCGCAGUGAGGUGGAAAGUUACUACGGAUAUUGCAGGAGUUUCCUCUUGAAAUCAGACAUGUCCGUGUUAAGGACAACUUGGUUGCUGGUUAUCUCAAGGGGGGCAGUCAAAAUGUUUUGCGUUUUGUGUUUUGCGAUUAGCCAUUGCGUUGCCAUGGAUCGCAAUUUAAUUUGACUGCACGUUUUUCCUGUGGAGAUGAGUUUUGUUUGGGCUCGUUCCAAGGGAACGAGAGUUCUAGAAGCUAGUGAGUUUUAGGAAGAUGAGAGUUCUAGAAGCUAGUGAGUUUUUCAAAAAAUUCUAGAAACUACUUUUUUUUAAUUUAUUUUUUUAUUGUUGACAGCCAGUAGACACUAUGUUUAUAUUGGUGAAGGUGAAGCAUUGCAGUUGAUUAUAAUGUGAAAUGGAAGUUGUUUUCUGUUGGUGGUAAGCAUUCGUGUUAGUCUUUGAUUUUUCCAUUUAUGUUUUGAGGUUGGACUUUAGCACGUAUAGCUCAUUAGCACGUAGGACGCACUGAUUUUUGUCACCUCGUUAGUCAGUAUGUGUUACACCUGUGCUGGCUUGUCCAUCUCGUUAGUGGGAAGGUCACCUGAGCUGGUCCAGGUUCUAUUUAAGAGUGUCUGGCCCAGUGCUCCAGUUGUCUUGAUAGAUGUGGAGAGUCAACACCUUUAGUUGCUCCACCUUUUUGGUUUGCUUCCUGUCUUUAAGUUUGGUGUGGGUUUUUCUUUUGUUUGCCUCUUCUUGGCAGAUUUAGUGGGUCUCAUAGUGGGUGACUUUUUUGUCCCAGUUGUUGUUACUAGUCAACUUUCAGUGGACACUGAGAGCAAAACUGCAACAUUAUGUUAUAAUACUUUUAUUGCAUAAAAUGGUUGUUUUAUGCAACAGAAUAGAGGGUUCUUAGAACUAUAGUGUCUGUGUGUUCUACUGAGGAUGGGCUUCUGGGAGAUAACACUGACAGGAGAUUUACAAUGUCUUUUGGGUGAUAAAACCUAAAGAGACUGCAUUCCAGAGCAUGAGUUAAUUCUAUACAUCUGUUGUUCAUCAUGUAGGUUGAAAG